AUGUGGGGAAUUCCUUCUACCUGCAUCGCAGAUCCUAGUAAUUGUGGAUGUUCAGAGGGUUGUGUGGAAAUCAUGCUCCCAAGAGAUAAGCUGACACUCUCAAAAAUCCAACGGUUCAUAACGAAUACUACCAGUCGCCAUGGAAUUCAAUGUACAGUAAUAUGUCUAUGGCUGGUUCUGCUGCAGCUUUGUUGUACCAGGACUGAACCAUGUCACCCCACAGAUGUUCUAUGCUCGAAGACUUCUUUAUAUGACCGCUUACACAUCUUACCUGCACACAGGUCAUGGAGGAAGACUUGCCUUGGAUUGCCUGCCCUGGCUUGGGUGAAAGCUCCAGCCAAGGACAAGUCGAAGAUGAUCUUACUGGGCGACGAUUACGCUAGCCCAUAG